AUGAUCGACUCGGUAAAGCUGCGCCGCGAAAGCGCGGGCAAUUUCUACUCGCACUACGAGUACCUGUGCGCGCUGCAGGACGCGGUGCCGCUGGCCGCCGUGCGCGCCUGUCUGCGCCAGGGCGUGCUGGACUUCAGCGCCGACCGCCUGCGCCUCGUGGACUGGCCGCCGCUCCUGGGCGCUCUCCGCGCGAAUAAAGACCUGCCCUGGAUCGCAGUCCGGAGCUACUUCCAGCCGUGGCUCGCGGAAACAGUUUCUGACAGAAGUAAAGUUUGCAGAGGUCGUAUUCCUGCAAUAGCAUCCAAAGACAUAUCCUUCCAGCUUUGUAAAGCUCUGAAGAGCUGUUUAAGUGUAUCGAGUGUGCUCCAGAACCUGGAGCUGAAUGGACUGAUUCUGAGAGAGAGAGAUUUAACUAUUUUAACAAAGGGAUUGAAUAAAUCUGCUUCUUUGGUGCACCUAUCUCUUGCAAAUUGUCCAAUUGGAGAUGGAGGUUUACAGAUUAUCUGUCAAGGUAUAAAGAAUUCUAACACCCUUAAGACUGUGAACUUCACAGGGUGUAAUCUGACCUGGCAAGGAGCAGAUCACAUGGCCAAGAUCUUAAAGUAUCAGACCAUCAGACGGCAUGAGGAAACCUGGGCUGAGAGCCUUCGGUACAGGAGACCUGACCUUGACUGCAUGGCUGGCUUACGGCGGGUCACUUUCAACUGUAAUACACUCGUUGGAGACCUCGGUGCAAGUGCUUUUGCAGAAUCCCUGAGUGAAGACUUAUGGCUCCGAGCACUCGACCUGCAGCAGUGUGGACUCACCAAUGAAGGGGCUCGUACUUUUCUAAAGGCUCUUGAAAACAACAGAACUUUGGUCAUUCUGGAUAUAAGGAAAAAUCCACUUGUUGAUAAUUCUGUAAUGAAAGCAGUUAUCAAAAAAGUUCUCUUGAACGGAAGGAGUGCUAAGUCAGAGUACCAGUGGAUAACUUCUCCUUCCACAAAGGAGCCAUCUAAAACUGCUAAACAGAAAAAGAGAACUAUAAUUCUUGGAAAUGGACACAAAGGAAAAGCUACUAUUCGAAUUGGACUGGCUACAAAGAAACCUGUGAACAGUGGAAGAAAGCACCUCCUUGGUAAAGAAUAUUACGCCCCUGAACCUCUCCCACCUGGUGUGUCAGGUUUUCUGCCAUGGCGCACUGCAUUGCGAGCAAAAAGGAACAGGGGUUUUCCAUUAAUCAAGACUCGUGAUGUCUAUAAUCAUUUGCAGCAAUCUGAUUUUCCUGUAACUGUCACAAUAGAAAGUCCUUCAUCUUCAGAACUUGAAGAGAUUAAUGAUUCUUCAGAAAAUGUUCAUGAAGCACCUGAGAAAACGAGUGUGAAACAAGAAACAUUACAGGAAAAACUGGAAGAGUGCCUGAAGCAAUUAAAGGAGGAGCGAGUAAUAAGGCUCAACGCUGUAAAACGAGUGAACGAGCUGGAAUCUGAAAAUGCCAAGUUAAGAAAUAUAAACUUCUCUCUGUCUGAAGCCCUUCAUGCACAGUCGCUGACAAGCAUGAUCCUGGAUGAUGAAGGGGUUUUGGGCAGCAUUGAGAACUCCUUUCAGAAGUUCCAUGCUUUCUUGGAUCUCCUUAAAGAUGCUGGACUUGGACAACUUGCUACAAUGGCUGGAAUAGAUCAAGCAGAUUUUCAUUUACCAGGUCGCCCCCAGAUGAAUUCAACUUUUAGCAAUGAACAUAAAGAAGAAAGUAAGGCACCUGAAGGAGAACAAUCCGAAAAAACGGUGAAUUCCCAAGGACAAGUACAGAAUAUCCAAUUUCAGAAAAUUACAGGUGAUGCUACAAUUCCUUUGCCUGUCCCCUCCUUCCAUGCCCCAGUUUCUGCUCAGGACACCUUCAUAACUUCCAAAGACAGCUUGAAUAUCCCAGGUCCUGAGCAACAGCAGGAAUCUUUCAAAGAAUUUCUUUCUAGAGAGUGUUCUACUCCAACAGAUGCCAUUUCUGAAACUAGAAGUCAAAGAAAAGAAGAGUUAUCCGGAAGUAGCAGCAGAUCUUCAGAAAAAAUGACCAAAACAGAUGACUAUUCAAAGAAAUUCUCUAAGAAACAAAAUGGACGUAGUCUGCAUUUCUGUAAUUCUUCUGGGAACCAGAAGAGCAAAGGAGUUGGGGGAGAUGGUUAA